UUCUCUCCUCCCUGCUUGCAUGGCCUUUGUAGCUAUACAGCAAUGUGUCUUCUUCACCUAACCUGGGGACUUGGAUUCCUGCACUGUCCCUGUCCAUCACCCACAGACCCCCAGACCAAGAAGCCCCCUCCUCCUCCCUUGCCACAUACAAGCCGGCUGCCUUGUUCUGCAAACUGACACCGCUAUCCUUAUCCCUAAUAAGAUCACACAGGUCCUUGGUUCCCCUCUAUAGGGGUGAUCGGUUUCUGUGUGCACCCCCCCAUCUUCUCAUUAGAUGACUCCUCAACCCUUAAGGUGAGACAAGGACAGAUGUCACCAGCCGCUGUCUCCAGCUUCGGGUCCACACACAAUGGAUUUCUAAACAUGAUGAGGAAUGGCUGAUUAUUUUUGAAUGUUUGCACAGAUGCUGUGAUCUUUGCACAAUGGUGGAUAUUCUGAGUCUUUGUCCCUUUAAAUGACUACUUUUCUGCAGGACUCCAUCGUUUGCAUUGGCUUUUUUUUUGCGUUGAUGUUGCAUUUUCCCAAGGUUGGUUAUUGGUCGGUUGAUAUGCUUUCGGCUUCCUUUGAGAUAUUAGGGUUAGCUCUUAAGGUGGACCAUCUUCCUAGCGUUUCUGCUGGAGGAAGCCUGCGGAUGGCACUUUGGAUUGGCACUUUGGAUUAAGUGACUCUGGCACACCAUGGGUGAUCCGUCGACAGGUCGGUGAUCUCUGUCAUCUCAAGUGACCUCGACGCAUGGUUACAUCCCACACUGUCUGGUCUGAGGCAGUGGUGAGGGGCAGAAGGACUUGACAGACCCCCUCGACCACCUCAGUUUCCUAUAUCAUUACACUGGAUUUCCUUGACCACAAGGCAAGGAUGAGGAGCAGCCGACGAUGAUGAUGUUUGAUACUCCGAGCUCCGCGCAGGAGAUUGGAGAAGAGCUGGAUGACGGGGUUAUCUACAGCAUCUCGCUCCGAAAAGUGCAGCUCCACCACACCGCCAACAAGGGGCAGCGAUGGCUGGGGGUAAGCAGGGUACCGUCUCCCAUGGGCAAUGCGGAAGGCGGGCUUGCCGGACCCCGGGAUACCACGUUUGAGAACGAGUCGGGGCUGAGCCUGUACGAGACAUGCAAAGUUCGGACCAUCAAAGCCGGGACUCUGGAGAAGCUGGUGGAAUACCUGGUCUCUGCGUUCAAGGGCAAUGACUCCACUUACGUCACCAUUUUCCUGUGCACGUACCGGGCGUUCGCUACCACCAAGCAAGUGCUGGACUUGUUACUAAACAAGUUUGGGCGCCUCCACCCUCAGCUCAAUGGCGAACAUUCCCAUAACACCGUGGAUGACCGGCUUGAGCUAAAAAACACAAUCUCCUCCAUCUUGGGAGCAUGGCUGGACCAGUAUUCAGAGGAUUUUCGCCAGGCACCCGAUUACGUCUGUUUAAAGCAGCUUAUCGCUUAUGUGCGGCACAAUAUCCCUGGCUCGGACAUGGAGCGCAGAGCACGCAAUCUUUUGACCCAGUUCCAGCGACAAGAGCUCAGCGAAGCGGAUCAGGAUGUUUUGGAUCACUCAAGUUGCACUUUCCGUCUUGUGGACGAGAGCUCCCUCUUAGAGCCGAAGCCGGACUUCCUGUCUUUCCGGCAGGAUAUGGUGGCUGAACAGUUCACCGUCAUGGAUGCUGAUCUUUUCAAGAAGGUGGUGCCUUACCACUGCCUGGGUUGCAUUUGGUCCCAAAGAGAUAAGAAGGGCAAAGAACACCUGGCACCAACCAUCCGUGCCACUGUCUCCCAGUUCAAUAGCGUCACCAACUGUGUCAUAUCCACGUGCCUGAGCGACCGAUCGCUGAAGCCCCAGCAGAGAGCCAAAAUUAUAGAACGAUGGAUAGACGUAGCUAGAGAGUGUCGUAUUCUGAAAAAUUUCUCUUCUCUGCGCGCCAUCUUGUCAGCUCUCCAGUGUAACGCCAUUCACAGGCUGAAGAAGACCUGGGAUGAAGUUUCUAGAGAGAGCUUUCGGAUAUUUAUGGAACUUUCCGAGAUCUUUUCGGAUGAGAACAACCACUCAUUAAGCCGUGAGCUGUUGAUUAAGGAGGGCACUUCUAAAUUUGCAACCCUGGAUAUUAACCCUAAAAGAGCACAGAAGAGACAACAGCAGCAGCGAGAAUUGGGAGUUAUGCAGGGCACCAUACCUUAUCUGGGCACUUUCCUUACUGACCUGGUGAUGCUGGAUACUGCAAUGAAGGAUUAUUUAGAGGGUAGCCUUAUAAACUUUGAGAAGAGACGGAAGGAGUUUGAGGUUAUAGCACAAAUAAAACUACUGCAGUCGGCCUGCAACAACUACAGCUUCAUUCCUGAAGAGUCUUUUGUUGAAUGGUUCCACAGCGUGGAGCGACUGACGGAGGCUGAAAGCUAUAGCUUAUCCUGUGAAAUCGAACCCUUGUCUGAAUCGGCAAGUAACACGUUGAAGGCCAAGAAAAACACGGGGAUCAUAAAGCGAUGGAGCGACCGCCAGCCGCCAAGCUCGGAGCCAUGCGCCAGCGUCAGCUCCCAUUCCAAAUCUUUUGAUCAGCUCAAGUGCAGUCCCCACCUCUGCGGAGGUGACAUGACCGACUCCGUCAGUGUAACCUCAGCCGGAUCCAGCAGCUCUGAUGUGGAAGAAAUUAACAUCAGCUUUGUGCCCGAGUCCCCGGACUGUCAGGAGAAGAAGGUACGGGAGGAACCAGCCCAGGCUCCGCCAGCACAGGCCACAGAACGCUGCGCUCUCGAGGGGUUCUGGGAAUCUACAUCACUCUCCUCUCUGGACACGUCUGGCAUUGGUUCAGGUUCUAGCAGUGCUUCUUCCUCCUCAGUCUCCUCCACUCCCGUCUCUGCCUCCCGGACCCACAAGCGGUCAGUCUCUGGCAUUUCCAGCUACUCCUCACUGUCUCUCCCGCUCUACAACCAGCAAAUAGAUGACUGCUGCAUCAUCCGGGUCAGCCUAGACGUGGAUAACGGCAACCUGUACAAGAGCAUUCUGGUGACGAGUCAGGAUAAAACGCCAGUGGUGAUCCGUAAAGCGAUGGCCAAACAUAACUUGGAUGGGGAGCGGGCAGAAGACUAUGAACUGGUUCAGAUCAUAUCGGAGGAGAGAGAAUUAAAGAUACCAGAUAACGCCAACGUCUUUUACGCCAUGAACUCAGGAGCCAAUUAUGACUUUAUUCUGAAAAAACGCGGUUUUUCCAAAGGCGUGAAAAUUAAACACGGCGCUAGCUCCACGCUGCCCCGUAUGAAGCAGAAAGGACUUAAGAUUGCCAAAGGCAUUUUCUGACAUCGUGACCUACCCAACUGUAACCCAGCUGGAAAGCUGUAGUGACUCAAAGGAAAGCACUUACGUUUACCGUGGGUGGAGGGCCUGAGCUGACCCCCUUCUCUCUUCCAAACAUACUGGCCUUCUCUAUUUCUGGUUUCCUAAAACUGUGAGGAUGAUCCAUCUCAAACAGGUCAAGAGUGGAAUUUGUUGGUCUUCAAAGAUGAACUGGAGCCAUUCAAACAGUUGGCCAACACGAACCAACUUCAGGUGCCGCUCCCCCUGCAAAAAUCCCUAAAAUCCUUCAAGGACCCAAGAUCCGCCUCCAUGCCUUAGGUGCCUUCAAGAGAAGGGGGGUGUUGAGGUUAGAGGCCUUUCUGCAAAGGAGACUGUGAAGUAGGACAUUAAGCAGCCUGUGCCAUGCCCAGGAAUCCAGUAUUAACAUGGACAAUAUGGAGUAGCCCAAUUGGGUUUGGAGUUGACUGCAUAAUCUGUAAUGUGAUUCACUACAGAUUUGUAAAGCUGUGAGAGGCUGAUUGGCCCCACCACUAGCUGUCUUUUUCCCUUAAAGGGACUGUCAUGUAAAUACUAACAUCUCCCUGUGGAUACCAUUAUUUAGCAAGUUUUCUAUAAAAAGCACUUUGUAAGAUAGACUGGAAAAAAAAUGUUUUUAACCCAUUAACAGUUGCCUGUGAAUGGGACCCCUUCACCACUGCAGGGUUUCUUCAAGCCAGGCCAACGCUGCCAGGAAAAAAAAAAAUGGCUGACGGCUGAACUGAGGACUUGUUAAAUCGGUUCUGAUCCCCAUCUUCUCUCCUACCCUUCGAGCAGUCCAGCAUUUCAAGUCACACCAAAGAUCCGACACCAGAAAAUGUUCACAGGAAGACCAUUUGCAGCUCGAUUUUUUUUUUUUUUUUCUUUUUUCACCAAACCCAGUGUGUUUAACCCUUUACCUUUCAGCCUUUUAGCCACAUUUUAAUUGGUUUUUGCCAAAGUUAGAGGGUUAAAUCAUUUACAUUAAAGCUGUACAGCCAUAUCACUGUAUAUAUCUAUUCACUAACAUUUUUAUUUUCCUGUCAAGACAAAAAAUGUAAUUUGGGGCCAAAUGAUAUUUUUAAGCCUUUUAUUUCUGGCAGUGGCUAUGAAGUUGGUCAGACCCGUGGAAAGGCAUUUUUUAUUUUUUUGUAGUGUAUAACUUUUUUUUUUACAUGUUUUCUUUAUAAAUAUUUAUUGGUUGUAAAUAGAUGCUAGACUUAUAUUACAUUUAUUACACUGUCAUCAGCCUAUGUAUUUGUUUUGAUGCUUUGUUGCCUUCUGAUUACUGUAUAUAUAAUGUAAAGAGUCCCCCCCACCCCUCCCUUUUAAAUGACACUUUAACCUGUUCGGUGCCAGUGGGAUAUGACAUAAGACAUUUCAAGCAGUUUGGGCAUUGAUGAAUUAUUUUUUAUUUUUGUGGAGAGGUUUGAUGGGCUCUCAAAGAGGUUGUGGUUGAUACGAAGUUCAGCAGGGUUGUCGUUGGACCUGUGUUUUCAAAAUGGCUGCCAGAAAAACAAAAAAUUGUUUACAGACAAGGCUCAUACCUUUUUCAUUGACAGGCAUUAGCCGUUUCUAUUGUACAAUGCCGGUGCUUUGUAUUUUUUAAGAGAUGAGCCCUUUAGUCCUAUGUUUUCCUGUUGGACUGGUUCCUUGUGCAUACAUUCCCUGUGAUUUGAGUGCUUCUUUUUUCUUUUUCUGGUCUAUUUUAUGCAUUUGGGUCAGAUUUCAGCUUAGUAUGCAGGACCUUUUAGGAGCAGGUAGCCUGAAAUCUGAGGAAGAUGUACAUAUGCCAGUUCAAAAUGGCGCCCGUAGUUUGAUAUGACCUAAUAGAGGGCUCUGUAAAGGAUGACUCUAUAACCAGCUUGAAUUGUUAUUUCUUUCUCCAAUUUAAAAAAAAAACAGUUGCCAAAAUGUGAAGGAGAAAAAGCUCAUAUCUAAUGCUAUAAGACUCCAUUACCUUAAUAAACUUUAGAAGCCAUCGGUGGAGUUUUAUGGUUUCCGUAUGCAUGGUAAUGAUGGAGUUUGGAGGCUCUUGAACUGGCCGUGACUCUGAAACUUGAGGUGACUGUUGACCACAAAAGAAACUUUUUUUUUUUCUCUAUUUCAGAUUUGACAGUCUUCAACGUUGACCCCAUUGCUUGCAAAGCCUUUGGGUUUCAUAUACCUGUCUAUUGUGUGCGUUGGCCGUUUGGUCCACAUUUAGAUCUUACUAAGGAAGCCAAAUGUCUCCCUUCUACUGUUACUUUAAAUGACCCAACAUUCUUGAAAUAAUAAGGCCUAAGUAACCUUGUUUGACCAUUAGUAUGAUUAAUUAUACACCAUUUAGAAAUCUAAUUGUCAAAAAACAAUGGCCGUAAGGCCUGCUGGGGGAUUGUUACCAUAAUGGAUGACCAUGUUAAACUGGUUUUUCAGACUGUGGAAGUUUUUCGGUUUUGGAAGGAAAUUCCUUUAAAAGGUAAAUUUUAAAUAUGCUUUACUCCCGUGAAGACACAUGGAACAGGCUUUAGAUUUGGCCAUUGUGGAACCAUUUUGUGGGCCCAUCCAAUAUUUACCACAGUAGGCACCUAGACUUUUCUGUUAUGACUGAGGCUUACCACACAAAUUCCUGGGAGAAGUGAUUGUUGGUCAGCCAGGAAUUGUGACCUAAUAGCCCACCGCUAAUUUGGAGUUGCUUACCUGCCAUUAUAAAGUAAACUCUGUAUUUAGAUUUUGUCAUGGAGGCGCCACCUCAGUGCUAACCCCUCCCGAACUUGUCUCAUCAUUUUUUUUUAAACUGGAAACACUAUAUAUAUUUGAUUUCUCAGAAGUGUAUAGAAAUUUGCAUUUAUCUCACUAAAAUGGCUUGGCUGUCUCUUCCAAACUAUUGUAUUUCGAUAUUUUUUUUUUUUUUUUUUUAAGUGGGGCUGUUAUGGACAGAGAUAUCAAUCCUAGAAUGCAAACCUCUCUGCUUCGGACUCUGCGCCUUAAUGCCUAAUGAUCUGAUCUUUGGUCUGUAUGUUAAUGUGAAGGAAGGUGAGGUACAUUGUUUACACAGAGUCAAUUACCAACCGUUAACCUGCCAUAACUGGAGGCCAGCUCCGUUCUCACAAGUGCCAAUCGGUCUGGCAGUGAUGGGUUAGAAUUUAGUGAUUUAACCUUAGGACCUGCCCUGACCAGUGCAUUCUGGGAUUUUUUUUUUUUUUUAAAUGAGCUAGCCAAUUUUUAGUUCAUCAGUAAUAGUCGAUUUCUGACCACCUGAAAAGGGAAAGUAACCAUGCAACCUAUAGAAUAUACCAAUUCUUUGUUCUUCAUGUCAUUUUGCUUUAAAUGGCUAAAUUGGUAUAAUGUCUUUUUUUUUCCUCCACGUGUUCUGUUGUAGAACCGUGACAGAACAUGUCAGAAAUGACAGAUUUAUUGCAAACAAAAUCUACUAGGAUGCCAUGUUGGCUUUUUUUUUAAUUCACCCCACCUAGUGGUAGAGUUCAGUAAUGCACCACAACAAUGAUUGUACACUCACAAUGGUGAAUUCUGACAGCCAGUCACAUGAUCAAAUAUGGAUCUCCAAACACUAAUGAAAUUCAUCUUCGACUCUCCUUGUUUUUUCCUUCUUUGAAGUGCAAUCUUCUUUUGGCCUGUGUGUGUGUCUGUAUGUACGUAUGCGACUUUUGUGUGUGUGUGUCUGUGGAAUUGUACCGGCAAGGUGCAAAUGUUUACAAUUGUUACCCUGUCUCUGACUGUACUUCAUGUAUUUUGUAAUUUGGAUUAAUGAAGGAGACUGUUCUAAGUGCUCAGUGUACACAAGCAAUGUAAACUAGUCUUUGCAAUAAAUGCCAACACUCCAGAAAUGA